AUGGGAACCUUCAUGCAUGCCGUAGAGGGAGAAAUGCUUUGCCAAUCAACCGAUGCCAAGCACGUCCCAUACUUUAACGCUCCCAUUUACUUGGAAAACAAAUCUCAAAUCGGCAAGGUGGACGAAAUCCUCGGUCCCAUCAACGAAGUCUACUUCACCGUGAAAAUGGACCCAGGAAUGGUAGCGACUUCCUUCAAAUCCGACGACAAAGUGUACAUCUCUGGCGAGAAGCUGUUGCCGAUCGAGCGCUUCUUGCCGAAACCCAAGUCUACUGCUCCCAUCAUCAUUCGUUUCGUCUCUCACCAACACGCUUCCAUGCUUGUGCAAUCUGCAUCGCAGCGGUUCUCACGAUCGUCAAAACCCACGCGCUUCUUCAGCUUCAGACAAACUCAUUUACGCUCGCAUUAUCGUUAA